CUCCCUGUCUCUCUCUUCCUCGGUCUCUCUCUCUCUGUCUGUCUCUCUUUCUCUCUCCAUCUCUCUCUCUCUCUCUCUGUCUCAGGACUAAAGAAUGGCCAGCGAACCCGUCAUCCUCAACGUCUACGACAUGUACUGGAUCAAUGAAUACACGUCCACUCUGGGGAUUGGAGUCUUCCACUCAGGAAUACAGCUGUACGGCAGAGAAUUUGCAUAUGGAGGUCAUCCGUAUCCUUUCAGCGGGGUGUUUGAGAUCAACCCAGGAAAUGCCAGUGAGCUUGGAGAGACGUUUAAAUUCAAAGAGGCAAUUGCAUUGGGUACAACGGACUUCACAGAGGAGGACAUUGAUAAGAUCAUGGAGGAGCUGGGCAAAGAGUUUAAAGGGAACGCCUAUCACCUGAUGCACAAAAACUGCAACCACUUCUCUUCUGCCCUGUCUGAGUUGCUGUGCGGCAGUGAGAUCCCGCGCUGGGUGAACCGCUUGGCGUACUUCAGCUCGUGUGUGCCGUUCCUGCAGAGCUGUUUGCCCAGAGAGUGGCUCACGCCGGCCGCCCUGCAGAGCCACAUCAGCAUGCACAGAGAAGACUCUCACACACACUCACACUCGUACACACACUCAUACACACACUCACACUCGUACACACACUCUCACACACACACACACGCACACGAGUCCAGCUCUAGCGAUGAGGAUCCGUCAGGGGCUGUGGGAGGAAGAUCACACAGCUGCAGACACACUCGAGUGUGACACACACACACACACACACACACACACACACACACACACACAGUGCCGUUGUGCUCUGUGAUUUUUUUACGACCAAUCGGCAGCAGGCGAGUGACGGGCGGCUCCCACUGACCAAUCACAGGCCUGGGUUUUGCCCCGCCCCUCAGUAGUACUGUAAUCUCGGGACUCUUCUCAGACUUUAGACUACUUUUAAUGAUGAAGUAUUUUUUUCCAAGGUGAACCUACAUGUAAAACUGUUUGAUUUAUUAGAAUUGAUUAGUUUUUAUAUUUAUGAUGUUGAUUACAGAAGGAUUCAAAUAUUCAGAGAUAUAUUUAACCUUUAUUCAUCUUUGCAGUGAAUGAGUGCGACUGUUCAUCUGGUUUGAUUUGACAUGACGCGUGACUGCUGUAUAUUUAUUUGAUUAAACUGAAUUCCUCUUUGUUUUUUUUCUAAACACAGUAUUUUAUGCGUAUAGUAUCUUUACACACAUUACUACUGAGACUUCAGAGAGUGUGUGUGUGUGUGUGUGGGGGUUUAAGCUAAGCAUGCCAUGGGCAAUGUGUGAUGUGAGCGUGUGACAUGAGUGUGUGUUGUAAAUCCGUGUUAAAGUAAGCUCAGUGUUCGGUUCUCGUUCAGACCUGCGUUCUUUUUUACACACUUCAAGAAUCUCACAGAAUUUGAAAACUGAAAGAUGUUGUUUACAUUCUGAGCUCUAAUUUGACCCCUUGAUUGUGACACACAUGAGUUCAUUAAGACAUGCGCAACGGGGCGGGGCUUAAAUUCAUCCAGUCAUAACACGUGAUGUUGACAAAUGAAACACCGGAUUUAAGCUGCGGUCACAGCAGGGGGGGGGGGGUUUACCCGCACUCCGAGUUCUCUAGUCUUCCAGCUAUAGAGUAGAACAAACAUCCAUGAGUGUGUGUGUGUUUUGUUAGCAGGACGUUAGCCAGCUAGCAUCAGUGAUCCUAAGUUUCUGAUUUAUUUAUUCUCGCUUCGUAUUCGAGAUUUAACCAGCUGAUCUGAAGUAAACACAGCUGUAAAACUCAGUCGUAGCAGUGAAGUGAUGUUCUGAGUUCUGCUCCCUUCUCAGAGUGAGUCGCAGUCUGGUCACUGAGCAGCGUUACCUGCACCGACACGCUAGCUUCAACAUGUCUCAUUUACAGUUAACCUCUUCUGCAGAAUCCCGUGGCUUCCUGCUGCACUGAUGUUAAAUGUUUAUUUAAAGACACAUAGAAAUAAUAAAGCAAUAAAAUAACAUGAAAGGGCACAAAUUCAUUAAAGGAAAAUAUUUUUUUAAAUGAAUGAGCCUUUUAAUUAUCUGAAAAUCUCUCUCAUGUUUUUCCUCACAGUCGCCAUAUUGAUGUGACGUCGCAGAAGUCCAGGCAGAAAAUAUCAGAAAGUCAAAAACUAAAUCAGAACACGUUCAUUCUGUAGACUGCAGUGCUGAUCGAAUGUUAACAGAAGCCCCGCCCCUUUAUGACCUUGGAAUGUUAGACACUCAGCUGUAUGGAAACGCAGCCGUGUCCUCUGUGUGUGUGUGUGUGUGUGUGUGUGUGUGUGUGUGUGCGCGUGCGCGUGCAUGCAUGUGUACUAUAAUAACCCUCUAACCUCAGAGAGCUUUAGAACCAUGUGACCUUUAACCUUGAACAUUUUUGAGAAUAAGUGAUUAUUUUGUACGCACUGUGCUGUUCAUGAGCACCACUGUGACGCCUGUCAGUCAAACUCUUUAUCUACUUAUUUGAUGUCAUCCGGGUUGCCAUGGAAACACGUCUUAAUGCUUUUUGUACAUCAUAUAUUGAUCUGAUUUAUACUUGUUUAGUGUUUGCUUUGAUUUCCUGAUGUUUGAUUAAGGAUUUUUUUCUACAUUUGUCAGAUUUAACCCUGAUCUAAAGUAUAAUAUUAGAGUUUUACCAAGCUAAAUAAAG